CACCACAACGAGGUUAUUCUUGUAACAAGAUGGCGGCCCGAUACCACGCAUUUUAUAACCGUGUUUUUCUUCCCGGUUCGCAAAAGCAAUAGUACUUUAUGUGCUACACCGAUAACUUAUAUUUAUCCAAAAAUACUAGUGCUGUCUUAUUCAAGAAAACUCGAAAAAUUGUAGACUAGAAGAAUUCAAGAACCAAACAGCAUUUUUCUUCGCAAAACCAUCUCUCCCACUCCGAAAACUACAAGUGCCUUAAGCUGGAAAUCAGUCGAGCGGCAAAACCAUGAGCGGUUUAUUUGCCCCGCGGAUAGUGAACAUUGCGAGAUGCAUGGGAUCGUCAGGGUCUUAUUCUAAGAUCUCUGGUAUUUUGAGAAAUGCGAAAUAUUUACAGACAAUGCAGGUGUCUUCACCAUUUGGCAACUCAACGCAGUGCAAUUCCAUUUUUAAUGGAAACACGAAGAAUUCCUGGACCAUAUGUUCUACCAGACAUCUCUCUUCAGUUGAGGGUUCUCAAGCCGACGCUGAAGCAACAUUGCCUCAAGAACAGCAGGACACAGUUGGUCUGAAGCUGAUGAAGAUUGUUGGGCGGCUUGGAGGGUUCUACUCUAAGAGCUCUGUGCUGACACGGAGUGCAAUGGCCAUGUACAAAUGCUGUGUAGAGGGCAUUAAUUAUGAGGACUUUUUCAGAGCUUGCGGCAUGCCAGAUACUUUUCAGUCUUGGUUCCUUAUAAACCAGCUGCAUAUCUGGAUGUGCCUGGUGAGGCUGAAGCGUGAAGGUAAAGAUGGUCAGUACUUGUACAGGAAGCUGGUUUCGAUCAUGUGGCAGGAUGUCGAAGCCAGGAUGAAGAUAAUGGGGCAAAUCGACUCGACUGUGGUGCGUGAGAGUUUGCAUGAGUUAGUUCAGGAGUUUUAUGGACUGAUUUUUGCAUAUGAUGAGGGACUUCUCUCGCAUGAUCGUGUGUUAGCUGCAGCUUUGUGGAGGAACAUGUUCCAUGAUAACCGAACAGAUGCAGUACAGCUAGCAAGCAUGGUGGAGUAUGUCCGCCGACAAGUGCAACACCUUGAUGGUCUUGACUCCAAGGAGAUACUCGAGACGGGGCAGAUCACGUGGCUGCCGCUCAGGAUGCCCAAGCAGCAGGAACCUUUUCUUUACCACACUUACUAACAGUCACUAAGAUGGACGACGGUAAAAAAAGUGGAAAGCUAGAUGCUAGGUGAAGUUAUACUAAUGACAUAGGGAAUAUGAAUUCACAGUUCUUUUCCUGACAAUUGUGAAUAUUUCCUAGUUUAUUUAGUGUGAUAAUGGUCUAUUGUCAGGGGAAGUACCAUUCUCUACAUCUACAUAGUUACUAUGGAUUACUGAGGACAUACACAUAUAAGGGGUGGAUACAGGAUUUUUAGAGUGGAUACUGUAUGUGUGCUCACAUCCUUUCCCCCAACAAACCCCUCCCCCAACCCUCCAUGGCAGACUAAAACAGAUUACUUUAUCAUUGCAAAUUCCAGUACACCUAAAUGAUAAUUAAGAAAUAUUUCAGUUUUUAUUUGAUUAGUCAAGUACUGAAAUAUAGAGGGUAACCAUAAACCUGUGAUUGUUUCUUUAAUAUGGUAAUAGUGUUUUUCAAAAACCUGUGAAAUACUAUUAAAUUUAUUUAGUACUAAUACACUGUAAUGUCUUUGUUCUCUUUUGUUCUGGCUUGGCUAUUACACUUAACAAUUACAACAAUUACAUUUUGUUGCACAGGAAAAUUUGAAAAUCACUCUAAUGAUAUAAGCAUAUAAUGAUAUAACCAUGUGUGAACUCUAUAUAGUUCUAGUGAGCAUGGACAUUUUUAACCUAACAAGUACAUAUUGUAAAUAUAGUUUAUUUUAGAAAUACCAAGUGUUAUGUAAAUUAAAAUAAAUAUUCAAAAGCA